GUGACCUCUCAUAGUACGCGCUCGCUAGGAAAUCUCAUUCAAGUAUUUUUGUCAAUGGGGUGGGGGGGGCAUCCUGCUCCCCGGCCCCCGGCCCGGCUGACGUCACUGCAGAGGCGAUAAAUAUCUGUUGAUAUAAUUGGACGUGAGAUUUGGGGUUGCGAUAGCGAAACUCUGCCCAUCGCCGCUCCGACGGGCCCCCAUGAUUUAUUCAGCAGUAGAUCGGGGCACGCAAUCGGGCUGUCAGGAGAGCGUCAGCUUAUUAGGCAAGUUCUGCGUGAUUCCAGGAGAGGGUCUAAGCUAUAAAAAUCCCGCACCCCGGCUCUGAUUAGGACCAAAUCUGAUUCCAAGUUCGCCAAGAGCCGACUCCGAGGGAGAGCGAGAGGAAGGGACGCCGGGCACCGCAAAGUCCCGCCACCCGCCCUGCCCUGCCGCCGCCGCCACCGCCGCCCCAGAUUUGGGCCCCGACCAUGAAGAUCCCGCUGCUGGUCUCCACGGGAAUUCUGCUGGUCGCCCUCCUGCCCUGCCAGGAGUGCAGAGCUCUCAGCAAGAGUCCGGCAGCCGCCCCCGGGGCUCUGCACCAGCCAGAUUUCUUCCAGCAACAGCAGCAGCAGCAACUGCAGCAGCCACAAACUCUGCCCGUUCUGCUCCGCAUGGGAGAAGAGUAUUUCCUGCGCCUGGGCAACCUCCACAAGAGACCCCUUGGCUCUUUCUCCGCCUCCUCCAGCAGCACCAGCCACCUACAGCCCGAAGCCUCCGCCAGCAACUUUUUCCGAGCGGCGGUGCAACAGCUGCAGCAGCUACCCAAGCGCUCGCCGGGGAGCCCCGAGAACGGCGAAGCCGAGGGUGAGGCCGUGGAGAGGGAAAAGCGAUCCGAGGAGCCCCCUAUUUCUCUGGAUCUGACUUUCCACCUCCUGCGAGAAGUCUUGGAGAUGGCCCGAGCCGAGCAGUUAGCGCAGCAAGCUCACAGCAACAGGAAACUGAUGGAGAUAAUCGGGAAGUGAAACGGCCCCGCCCCACCUUGCCAAAGAGAUUCCGCAGUUAGCACAAGAAUAAUUACACCGUCCGAUGUACCAUAGUGCUGCUCUGAUGUCAUCUCUUUAUUUUUAUAUAGCUUUAAACCUAGAAGGGUGUGCUCCGAACAGCCUCUGUCCCUUGACUAGCAUGCACAACCGUGUACCAAGUGCAGAAACUCGAGUGUCGUUUGUAACCUCCCCUACCUUUAUUUAUUUCUCCAUUUCCCAGUUAUUCUAGUGCCAUCGCUACGUAGGGAUGUGUGAGCAUUGGAAGAAAUGGUGCCAAGAAGACAGAAAACUUUUCUGCUAGGGGCAGGGAGGUGGGAGGGGGAAUCUCUGUAAGCUACUUUCAAUUCACUUUUUUUCCUGUAAACAUUUUCACAAUAAAACAUCUUUUCAGCGCUCGGUCGAUUUGGUUGUGUAAGAGAAUGUUUAAUAUUUAUAUUUUUAAUAAAAAUUGCAAAGUAAA